GGCCGAGGGCGCUGGCGGGGAGCCCGGCGCGGCGCGGCUGCCCUCGCGGGUGGCCCGGCUGCUGUCGGCGCUCUUCUACGGGACCUGCUCCUUCCUCAUCGUGCUGGUCAACAAGGCGCUGCUGACCACCUACGGAUAUUUAUUAAGCACCUACUAAAUACUGAGCCCAUCGCAAGCACCAGGGAAGCCUCUGUGAACAGCACAAAGUCCCUGCUGUGGAGAUUCUGCUUCAGCGGUGGAGACAGAAAACAAACAAUUUCCCAUCACCAAUUUUCCUUGGAAUUGGACAGGGCACUCCAGAUUAAGAGGAUUUGAUGAGACAUUUUUGCUAUGCCAGCUGGAUUGAAAAAUGGCAGCCACCAUAAUGAUACUAUAUGUGUCCAAGCUAAACAAAAUAAUUCACUUCCCUGAUUUUGAUAAGAAAAUUCCUGUAAAGCUGUUUCCUCUGCCUCUCCUCUACGUUGGAAACCACAUAAGUGGAUUAUCAAGCACGAGUAAAUUAAGCCUGCCGAUGUUCACCGUGCUCAGGAAAUUCACCAUUCCACUCACCUUACUUCUGGAGACCAUCAUACUCGGGAAGCAGUAUUCGCUCAACAUCAUCAUCAGUGUCUUUGCCAUCAUUCUCGGGGCUUUCAUAGCAGCUGGGUCUGACCUUGCUUUUAACUUAGAAGGCUAUAUUUUUGUAUUCCUGAAUGAUGUCUUCACAGCAGCAAAUGGAGUUUAUACCAAACAGAAAAUGGACCCAAAGGAGCUAGGGAAAUACGGAGUGCUCUUCUACAAUGCCUGCUUCAUGAUUAUUCCAACUCUUAUUAUUAGUGUCUCCACUGGAGACCUGCAGCAGGCUACUGAAUUCAACCAAUGGAAGAAUGUUCUGUUUAUCCUACAGUUUCUUCUUUCCUGUUUUUUGGGGUUUCUGCUGAUGUACUCCACGGUUCUGUGCAGCUAUUACAAUUCAGCCUUGACGACAGCAGUGGUUGGAGCCAUCAAGAAUGUAUCCGUUGCCUACAUUGGGAUGUUAAUCGGUGGAGACUACAUUUUCUCUUUGUUAAACUUUGUAGGAUUAAAUAUUUGCAUGGCAGGGGGCUUGAGAUACUCCUUUUUAACACUGAGCAGCCAGUUAAAACCGAAACCUGUGGAUGAAGAAAACAUCCGUUUGGAUUUGAAGAGCUAGAGUCUGCGGCAGGAUUGGAGACUGACUUUUGACUGGGGGCCGGGGGGCAUUCCCAGUGGGAAUGUGAAGCCAGAGGUUUCAGAUUCGUGACAUCCACCCCCUGGGCAAGCAAGAGCAUCUGCAAAAUGCAAAGAGAACUACCUCAUAUGCAUGCACGAUGAGCCAAUGGCAGUCCCGAGAAAUGUACUUGGGCCACGCCUUACCGGUGGAAAGCAAAUCUUUUCAAAAUAAGCCACUGGGACUCGGUAGGUGGAGCCCCAGCUGCUCUUCUAGGGACCUGCGGGGCCUUCAUGGCAUCUCUGUGCCUUGUGCUGGCAGGAGGUUGAUGUGAUGGUGACUGUUUUGUGAUCAGCACCUUGGCCGUGAUUCGCAAGGUCCCAGCCAAAGCAAAGGGCCGGUGGUUUCAGUUUAAACAGACAUGUCUUUAUUCUAAUAAAAUUAGUUAACUGCCAGUAAUUUGUUAGCUUUGAUGAAAGCUAUGUUGGUAUCUUUUCCUAAUCAUCAAAGUAAAUAAAAAAUCAUUUCUAUGUA